AUGCUAAGACGGGCUGCUCUACCUCUCCUGAAGCCUCGACUGUUCCAACCUGCAAUCGUCAGGCAAGCAUUUCCCCACGCUCAAUUGCGAUAUUACAAACGCUACCCCGACCCAGCAAAACCCUAUCGGGUGCCUGGCUCCUCUGACGCAUCAUCCUCUCGAGAGAAAAAUCCUUUGCGCAAAGUCCCAGAGCCGGGCUUCAAUUCUACACCCAGGAAGGAGCAGGAACGACCUACAGAUGAAGCCCAGUUCGGCGAAGAUCCGGCACGCGAUCUCGAUGAUGUCUCCGAGUCUGUGAGCCAAGCCAGCAGAAGGUCUAUCAAAAGAAACGGUGGACAGGCUGCAGAUAGCUUGAACGAACAGACGGGAUCUGAAGAAAUGCUGGACGAACCGCAGCAACCACUACCAGACCUUACUCGAGGUAUUCCUUCUACCUUGGAUGCCGAGCUGAGCCAGGCGAGAGCAAAACAGAGUGCGUCUUCCUCAUCUGCCAGCCUCAACAUUACCGAAGAUCCUUCCGAAGAGACGAAUGCCCCUGGAGGCCGGCGUCCCGGCGAUGACAUCCCCCGAACCGAAUACAUCUCCUCGAGCGACAGAAAGAAGAAUGCUGUUUUCAGAUACAUGUAUCUUGUGCUGGGCUUGGGCGCCGUAGGCUAUGCGGUCUAUCUUGGCCGCAAUUGGGAUACCGAGGAAGAAGCAAAGGCUCAUGCCGAGGCACCUUCUGGCUGGGGUUUUGGGCUAUUUUUCAACAGAGUCAAAGCACGUCUUGGGUCGACAAUGAGCUAUUACCGAGACCCCGUGACAACAAAACUCUUGCCGGAUGAAGAUCCAGAUCCAAAUUUGCGUUAUCCGUUCACGCUCGUGGUUAGUCUUGAAGAUAUGCUCAUUCAUUCGGAAUGGACAAGAGAAAAAGGUUGGCGAGUGGCUAAGAGACCGGGAGUCGACUACUUCUUGCGGUACUUGGGGAGCUACUAUGAAAUUGUGCUUUUCACCAGUCAACCGAUGGCAAUGACAGACCAGAUCCUCCGCAAACUCGACCCGUAUUCCACCAUUCGAUGGCCCUUGUUCCGUGAGGCUACACUGUACAAGGACGGAGGUUACGUCAAGGACCUUUCAUAUCUCAAUCGAGACCUCAAGAAAGUCCUCAUCAUCGACACUGACCCGCACCAUGUCAAGCACCAGCCAGAAAAUGCCAUCGUUCUUCCCAAAUGGAAUGGUGAUCCGAACGAUCAGACGCUCAUCCAGCUUAUACCCUUCCUUGAGUACCUGGCUACGAUGGGAUUCGAUGACGUACGAGAAGUAUUGAAAUCAUUCGAGGGAACAUACAUACCUGCCGAAUUCGCCAAACGGGAAAAGCUUCUGAGAGAGAAAUUUGAAGCACAGUUAGCAGAGAAGAAAAAGAAACCAAAGAAGAGUAUAGGCGGCCUCGGCUCCUUGUUUGGUGUCUCGAAAUCGCCAUCAGAUAGCGCAGGAAGCUCUGAUGAUGGUUCGUUAGAGGGCAAGAUGGUUUGGGAUCGUAUUCGAGAGCAGGGUCAGAAAAACUAUAUGGAGUUUGAGAGAAAGAUCAAGGAGGAAGGGGAGAAGUGGCUGGCUGAGCGAGAUGCCGAGGAGAAGAGGAUGCAAGAAGAAGCCAUGAAGAGCGCGAUGGGUGGAUGGCUCGGGGGAUGGGUCGGAGGUGGCAAGAAGCCUGCUGAAAGUGGUGUCGAAGAGAAGAAAUCGUGA